AUGACGGUCUUCCAGGCCAUCGGAAGGUAUAGUAACGGCUUGCCUGCCCAACGGUUGGACGAUAUCGUCAGAUAUUCCUCAUCAACCGCCAUCCGUCUCAAGAAGUUGGAGCGAGGCGCCGAAGACUGUGGUCUUGAUCCGGGCGCACACGAUUUCCACUUCACCAUGCAACUUCCCAAACGGGGAUUGUAUACAUCGUUCGAGCAACUCGACUGUUGUGCUUGUGUGAGAUAUUUUAUUAUGGUGAGCGAUUUUCUCAAAAGUUUCAGUCAUUUGAUCGUUUCAGUCAAUCUUACCACUAUUAUUACGGAUUAG